AUGUCCACAUCAGACUCACCGGAGCUACAAGCGGGAGAACGCGGACGUAUCCCGUUGUUUGAAGAGGAGUUGGACUACAUAGACGAAGAGCAUAUUGAUGCCUUUGCAAAAGCUCUAGUCUGGGAGGAACAAGACGAGCAGGAAGAAUGGAACAGUCGGACCACGCAGACGUCCAAGGGACUCAUGAAAGAGGUGAAUAACCACGAGGAGACCUCGGAUGUCAAGAAGGAUGCCAACGCAAUGAGAGCAGCAGAAAUCGGGGCUGGUUUGGGCCCUGUCAAACGUCCUGACUUGAUUACUUCCAAAAGUGACUGGUAUCCCCUCACCAACUCCCACAGAAAGUACAAGCGUCGCACCCGCAAAGCCAGCAAGAGCAGCACCAAGAAGAUCCCCAACGAGUUUCGCUCAAGCUCAGCGUACUCCAUUCUCAGGUGGCCCGUCCUCAUGUUCAUUAUCGGGUGGGUGUUGUUCUUAUGCUUCCUCUACGUUUCCGUCAGAAUCUACGUUGCCCUCACAGAGUACUUCUUUACCUGGGUAGGCGAGAGGAAGGUGUUGCGGGAUCGCUUGCGUCAGGCCACCACCUAUGAAGAAUGGAUCAAAGGUGCGUUGGAGUUGGACAAGUUCUUAAACUUGGAUUCGUGGUCGACCAAUCCCAAGUUUUCCUACUAUGAUUACAAGACAGUAGCAUUGACCAUUUCACGCUUGAGAAGAUUACGCCAGGAAAACGACGACAAAGAUUUGAUGGUCUUCUUGCAAGGGUGUCUCAAAAAGAAUUUCGCAGGUAUCGAGAACAGACAGUUAUAUUCACAUCGUUAUUACGGAACCAAGAAGUUGGUCGAAGAAUACGUCGAGGAGGUGGCCCAAUGCAUAGAUAAGAUAUCAAACUCUACAAGCGUAUCAUUCGAAGCAAAAAGAAAGUUUUUCCGGAUCGUGCUGAAAAACUACGGAAAAACAGCUCUUUGUCUAAGCGGAGGAGCCUGUUUCGCAUAUACCCAUUUUGGCUUGGUCAAAGCCUUACAAGACAACAAUUUACUUCCAUCUAUAGUGUCAGGUACAUCAGGCGGAGGUUUGGUUGCUGCUCUCACAUGUACAAGAACUGAUGAGGAGUUGAAAAAAUUGCUAGUCCCCCAACUAGCAAGAAAAAUCACCGCAUGUGAAGAUCCAUGGUAUAUUUGGAUACCUAGGUUUAUCAAGACAGGCGCAAGAUUCGAUGCGGUUACUUGGGCAAGGAAGUCGAGCUUUUUUACCAGAGGAUCUACCACGUUUGAAGAAGCCUACAAACGAACAGGUAGAAAGUUGAACAUUUCCACGGUUCCGGGUGAUCCUCACUCCCCUGUUAUUCUUUGCAAUAACAUCACUUCACCUCACUGUAUAAUUUGGUCUUCACUUUUGGCUUCUUCAGCCGUACCUGGAAUUUUAAACCCAGUAGUACUUAUGAUGAAGAAUCCCAACAACAAACAGGUUAUUCCGUUCUCAUUGGGUAGCAAGUGGAGAGACGGAUCGUUAAGAACAGAUAUUCCCGUUGAAGCACUUAACACUUAUUACAAUGUGAAUUUUUCGAUUGUAUCACAAGUCAACCCUCACAUUUCGUUGUUUUUCUUUGCACCAAAGGGCACGGUUGGUAGACCUGUCGCAAUGGCAAAAAGGAAGACUCACAAAGAGAAGUUUGCGUCCUUGAGAGGAGGAUUCAUUGCCACAGCAUUGGAACAACUUUUCAAGUUAGAAAUUACAAAGUGGUUGCAGAUAGUGAAGACUUUGGAUCUUUUGCCUCACUUCAUGGAACAGGAUUGGCUGAAUAUUUGGUUGCAAAGAUUUUCAGGAUCUAUUACUAUUUGGCCUCGGAUCAGGCUCAAGGAUUUCUGGUACAUUUUGAGCGAUCCAGACGAGGAGAAAUUACAAGAAUUAAUUCUUAAAGGUGAAAGAUCCAUGUUUCCUCGCCUACUUUUCGUUAAACACAGAUUGACCAUUGAAAGGGCAAUUGAGAGAGGUAGGAAAAGCACCAAGUUAUCCACCAAGAUUAAUACUGUUGUCUCUGAAAGCUCAGAAGCCACCAAUGAUUUCCAGAUUAACAACGUGGAAUAUGAAGAAGAUGAUGAUUUUGAAAGUGACCUGAGCGAAUAUGACAGCAAAACAUUGAUGCAAUCAUUGGGCACUCAAAUGUUUCCAGUUGGAAGCGAAGAUGAAGAAGAUGAGGAACAGGACGAGGAUUAUCUUCCAUCCACAGGCGAUGACGACAUUACCUCGUCUAGUGAAGAGAGUGAAAACAUUGACGAUGACGAUACUGGAGAAGGUAGCAUUUUCAGCCUGCUACUCCGUUCUCCUGGAAAUCAUGGAUCGAAGGAUCGCAGAAACACUAUUACAUAG